AUUAAUUCUGGGAAACAUUGAGCUCAACCAUCGAAAUCAUAACACGUAGAAAACUUGCCUUCAUACAGAUUUAAAUAUUUGAAGGGUAUUGUCGUAUUGUAUUGUAUACAUUGUCGGUGCUCUACCGGCUGUCGAGCUGUGCCGAUGUAACAGAAAAUUAUAUCUUAGGUGUUCUACCACUGUAUAAUCUUGUACAAUUUUGUAAUUAAGGGACAGAAACGUGCAUUAAAUAACUUUAUAUAUCGAAAAAAAUCCACGAUAGAAAGUUUAACGACUUAGAUCCAGUUCGAAACUACAAAUACUUUAUGUACAUAGAUGUAUAAUGGACGUAUGAUUACAUUCUGUUUGUGGUAUUAACCUUAACUUGUGAUAUUUGCUCGGAAAUUGAUAAUGAGCAGCAUGGCAGAAGAAAUAGUCGAUUCGUUAAAAAGACUGAGUGUGGAACGCGACACGCGAAAGUAUAAUAAUCGAAAUGUCAAAAGGAAAAGCGAAUUAUUAUCAUCGAUAGAGGAGGCAGUAUCUCUUAAUCACAACUACAUCCUUGCUAUCUGUGGAACACAAAGUGAUCCAGAAUAUAGGAUCUGUACAGCUCUCUGUGAUCAUACAUGUGUUAUAUACUCUGUUGGGGAAAGUUUAAGUCGGACCAUUACAUUAAGUCACAAUCAAGCACCUAUUGUUGGUAUCACAUUUAGUCCAACUUCCAGAAACAUUUUAUAUAUAGCGAACAAUAAUGGACUGAUCACUGCAUGUGAUUUACGAGCUAAAGGGAAAGUUAUUGCAGAAUUUAAAGAUUGUACAGAUGAUGGUAAAAUGAAACCUCUUUGUAGUUUUGAUGUAAGUCAUGAUGAAAGACUUAUAGCAGGUGGCACAGAGCAUAUAGGAGGAGAUGCAUUCAUUUUAUUUUGGGAUACACGAAAUACUAAUUCAAAAUUGUAUGGUAAAAAUAAUAAUCUUCUUGGUGGGUAUUGGGGAUGUCAUAUGGAAGAUGUGACCUGUUUGGCAUUUCAUUCUAAUAUGCAAGAUGUCUUAGCAUCUGGUAGUACAGAUGGAUUGGUUAAUGUCUUUGAUCUUACACAGCCUUCAGAAGAUUUUGCAUUAAUCCAUUCCUUAAAUAUAGAAAACUCUGUGGAUAGGAUAGGCUGGUUAAAUGAUAAUAAUCUUUGGUGUACAACACAUACACAUUCACUACAACUUUGGGACUGUGAUGAAGCAACUCCAUAUGCUAAAUUUGAGCGCAGUAACUUAGCAAUUUCCCAGUCUGAUGAUCCAAGCAACUGCUACACAGUCAGAUUUCAUGCUUCAAAUGCACUUGAACAGCCAUUUUUAAUAGCAGGUGUCAGUAGUGUUAAAGGGGAAAAUUUGAGAUGUUUAAAUGUCGUAAAUGAUCAAUUAGAAAUACGCCACAAUAUGGUUGAAAAUAAGCAAUUGGUACGCGACAGUUGGCUGCAUGAAAAAAGUGGUUCCUUAAUAACGGUAGGCGAAGGUGGACUUAUAAAUAUUUGGAGGCAAACAGAAGCAAUGUCUAUACAACAAAAUUCUAGCCACAAAUUGGUGGCAAAAAUUGGUACUGGCAAACGGCGCGAUCGUCAGCACAGGACUAAGCCAUAUUGAAUAAAAGUGAUAGGAUAAGAAUUUGUAAAUGCAUGAAAAGUUUUUGUGAGUAAAUGUAAUAAACAGAAGGGAAAUAUCGCGUAACAUUAACAUAAUCGUACAUUUCCCUCACGUUCUUCUUUAUUACAAUAACGGUUGUAUGUACAUUUAUAAUAAAUAGAUAUUAUUUCUUUA